AUGACCAAGCCCGCUGCCCCUUCCAAACAGGCGGCCAAGGCGGCGAAGCUGGCGAAACACGCCAAGGCGUCGGGCACGCUGGCGCUGAAACAAUUGUCCGAGGUGACGCUGGCGUUUAGCAAGACCUACCAGCACUACAUGGCCACGUUGACGCCGCGGCUCCAGGUGAUCGACACGUUUUUGGCGUUCUUGGUGGCGCUCGGGGUGUUGCAGUUCGUCUACGUGGUGGUGGUGGGCGAUUUUCCCUUCAAUGCCUUCCUCGGCGGCUUUGGCAUCUGCGUGGCCCAGUUUGUGUUGACGGUGAGUUUGCGCCUUCAAGUCGCCGCCAGCGACGGCGAGCGCAACCACUACGCGUUUGGCGAGUACGUGUUUGCCAGUGUCAUUCUCCACUUCAUCGUGUUCCAUUUCAUCAAUUAG